AUGGAAUAUAAAAUUAAAUUAUUUUUAUCAUUUUUAAUUAUAAGAUCAAUCUUUGGGGAAGAAGUUAGACAAUUAUCAUUUUUAAAUGGAAAUUGUGAUGGUAUUCCAUAUGCUACGUAUGCCAAUACAUUAUGCUAUCCAGACACAUUUGCAAUUGUAAAUGAAAGUACAAUUAAAUUAAGAAAUUCAAAUGGUUUACAAGAUUGUAAAGUUGAUACCACUAAUUACAAUGAACAACAACAAAGUGGUGAUAUUCAUAAUUUAUAUCAAUGUACUGUUUUAUCAGAUUCUUAUGAAAAUAGUAUCAGUGAAAAUUAUGAUACAAUUAUAGAUAAAAAAACAAUUAUUAAUAAUGAUGAUGAUUCAUCAUCACAUCAUCAUCAUAUGAAAUUCCAUCAUUUUCAUAUUUAUUCACCUAUACUAAAUCAAGAUUACCAUUAAUGGUAAAUGGAUAUUGUAAUCAAAUUAAAUUAUAUAAUUGUGAAAAUUAUCAAAUUUAUUCAUUUAAAAAUGAUAGUUGUUUCUCAAAUACUGAUUCAUUUAGUUCAUAUUCAUAUUAUAAACAAAUGUGUAGAGGUGAUUCAAUUUUAACUUUUAAAUGUGAAGAAUGUUCUUCAAAUUCUUUAGAAACUUGUAUACUUGAUAAUACUGAACCUUCAAAUUUAUCAGAAUGUCCAAAUAUUAAAUAUACAACAAUUGAAAAACUUUUAAAAGAAAUUAAAAAUAACAAUAAAUAA